UUAACUGCAGAGCUCCCGCAAUCCCAAAUACGCUGAGUGGGCGAACAGUGUCUUUGUCGGUCCAGUUCUGCGCUCAAAGUCACAGGUACUGAGCCCAAGCGCGUGGUGCUCUGAGAAUUAAUCCUCUGGAGCUUCGGUAGUUCGUCUAAGAUGGCUGGAGCAAGCGCACCUCCGUCCUGUUCGACGAUGACGUCGUCAAUAACCAACGUUCCGACUUCUAGUGCUGCUGGUGGCCUAAGUACUUCAGGUUCUGCUUCUGGAUCGACUGGGAGUAGUGCUGCAAAUGCUACCAGUUCUAUUGGCCGUGUUACUAGUGGAACAGGAUCUACGUCUUUUACUGGCGUCUGUGGUGGAUUUAGUUUUCCUCCUGUGGUUCCAUGUGGAGGUCCUCAGACGGGUACAUCGACUAGCACAAGUUUCGCACCGUCGUCUUUUCCAACCAGCUUUGAAGCUCCAUUUCCUGGUACAGGAAGUGUCCUAUUUGGAUUUGGAUAUGGUGGAUUUGGACUUCCUGCAACAUGUACGCAAGUUCCUGGCUACUCAAGUGCUUAUGGAGCUGGAGGUGGUUCAUUUGGCAUUAAAGAAAUUUUUAAUAAGCCACCGGUCAUGAAGAGAAGCUUUGAUUUGUAUGCUGAUCAGCAUAAGACGUUUUGACUCGGUUGAAGCUUUGGGGUGUUGUGGAGGGCACUGAUGUACGAUGCAGCGGGGCUG